UGUGAUGAGGUCAAGCCUGAAUGCGGGAACUGCCGUCGAUUCGGAGUCUGCUGCGACUUCUCUCCCAUCCCUUCGCAUGUCCUUCGUCCCUCUCCUGCCUCGAGCUCUGGGCCAGGCCGCCGUGGUCGCCCUCGAUCGGACUGGGCUUCAUGGGCCGAACAAAUCCGACUCUCCUCGAACGCUUCGAACUCAGGUCUUCAAGGUGCCCAUGAAUGCCUCAAUGUCACAGACCUCGAGCUGUUCCACAACUACAUGACCACGACGGCCAACACAUUACAUGCGGGCGAUCAUCGCGAGCGCGGCCUCUGGUGCGAAGGAGUACCCCGACUAGGCUUUCAGCACCCUUGUGUGCUGGCCUUUCUGCUCUCUCUGUCUUCGUAUCAUAUGGCCAGACUGAAACCCCUCGAGGCCCGAAAGUACCUUGAUCUCGCAGAACAGCACUUGGGCACGGCUCUACAGACAGCAACGAUACUCCUCGGCCAUAUCAACCACGAGAAUAGCCCCGCCGCCUACAUAAUAUCCAUUCUCAUCUGCUUCAUCGGAUUCGCCAAAGGCCCAAGUCCUGGUAACUUGCUUCUCAUUUCAGAGGAUCAACAAGUCCCGUACUUGAACCUGUUACGAGGCGUCCGACUGGUGAUAUCAAGUGUAGGAUGGACUUCUAUCUUCUCGGGUGUUCUCGCUGAAUACUACCCCAAGCCGAGCGUUGAAACGGAAAUGCUUCCCCUCGAUCCGACACUCCUGGAGCCAGGCAUCGAAGACUGGAGAGCCUCGCUAAACGACGUGUUGGAUUUAAUCACCGUCUUCACUGAAGAUAGUAUUGCUGAGGCAUAUAGGCAUGAGGUGAGGGUCUUGAUGGGAUGCUGCGAGAAGACAUUCGGAAAAGGACAGAACGCCACUUUGGGCGCCGUGGGCAAGAUGGAGGUGAUUAUGAUGUGGAUAUACCAGGUUGGUGAUGUCUACGUCGAGGGUCUGACUAGGAAAGACCCUAUCUCCAUGUUGAUACUCGGUCACUUUUGCGUCCUGCUGCGCACGGUAGAGAGACAUUGGUUUACCCAAGGGUGGGCGUCUCAUAUCAUGAACGAGAUACUGGCCAUCUCAGAGAGGAGCCGCAAGUGGCUGACUUGGCCCCUCGCGUAUCUCUCAGGACAGAGUGCCUUGCUCAACAUGUCGCAGAUUUAA